AUGAACUCUGUGAUGUGUGGUGCUUGCGGCAUGACAGGGCUUGGGGUCCUCACACUGCUGCUGUCUGUCCUGCUGGUCUGGGCCAGCUGCCACCCUGUCCCCGGGAGGAAGAACUUCAACAAGCUGCUGCUGAUCUCCUUCGAUGGCUUCCGCUGGAACUAUGACCAGGAUGUGGACACCCCCAAUAUGGACCGUCUGGCCCGGGAGGGCGUGAAGGCCAAGUACCUCACGCCACCCUUUGUGACCAUGACCUCCCCAUCCCAUUUCACCACCAUCUCUGGUCGCUGGAUUGAAGAUCACGGAGUCAUUCACAACAUGAUGUUUAAUACAGAGACACAAUGGAAGUACUCCUUCAAAACUACACAGAACAAGACUGAGUGGUGGGACAAUGGGGUUCUCCCCCUCUGGAUCACAGCCCAGAGACAGGGGAGGAAGACAGCAUCAUUCCACUAUCCUGGAGGAGGUGCGAAGUACAAAGGAGAGGCUGUCCAGCGGUCCCUUGUAGAGUCUUACACUCACCCAGACAGCAAUGAGACAGAGUGGAGGGAGAACAUUGAUAUUGUCAUGAACUGGUUCACUAAGGAAGAUUUUGACUUUGUAACUCUGUACUAUGGAGAGCCAGAUAAUGUGGGACACAAAUUCGGGCCUGAGACAGAGAACAGAAGGGUGAUUAUUCAGCAAAUCGACAGAACCAUUGGGUACCUGGUGGAAGCCAUUGAGAGGCACAGCUUGACCAAGAACCUCAAUGUCAUCAUCACAUCAGACCACGGCAUGACCACAGUGAAAAAGGAGCCCAACGUCACUGAGAUCCUCUUGACCAACUACAUUAAGUUCAGGGACUUAGUCAAGUUUGACAUUGUGGAUUAUGGUGGCUUUGGGAUGCUCCUGCCCAAACCAGGGCAAGAGGAAGCCGUUUACCAAGCGCUGAAGAAUGCACACCCUCAUCUCAAUGUGUACAAGAAGGAGGAAUUCCCAGAACGCUUCCAUUUUGCUAAACACCAGCGGGUCCUGCCAAUCGUGAUGUAUGCUGACUCUGGUUAUAACAUCAAUGGGCGACUUAUAAUAUAUUUCAACAAGGGAGAUCAUGGCUUUGAUAAUGUCCACAUGGACAUGAAGACCAUAUUCAGAGCUUUUGGGCCAGAUUUCAAGAAGAAUCACGUAGCUGAGCCUUUUGACAGCAUCCACAUCUACCCACUCAUGUGUAAGCUUCUGGGCAUUACCCCUGAACCCCACAAUGGCUCCCUGGCCAUCACCCAGGAAAUGCUUGUGGACUCAUAUGACCAGCAGCCAGGAGCGGAGACACAGAAGACAUUGGCUCUUCAAAAGGCAGUGCUUGGUCUUGCGAUUGUCACAGGAGUUCUUGCAGUUCUGUUUGUUGCUAGCGUGACAUAUACAGCUAUUCAUCGGAAAAAGAAGCAGAGAGCUGAUCAAAACAGCAGAAGCGGACCAGUCCACAUGGCCCAGUUCUGAAGCUUCAUUCCCUUAGGACCAAGACUCAGCCCUAGUUGAGACAUUGUCAUAUUUCAGGUGAUUCCACCUCAGGCUAUUGUGACUGAGAGGAUUUCUGCAACAUCAGUCCCAGAAACCAUUAAUUCUGGGUAAAGACAGCAAUAAUCACAGUCCACCCUCUUUAUUUAAAUCAGCAGUGUUGGGCAUCUGGGUGGCUCAGUGGGUUAAAACCUCUGCCUUCAGCUCGGGUCAUGAUCUCAGGGUCCUAGGAUAGAGCCCCGCAUUGGGCUCUCUACUCAGCAGGGAGCCUGCUUCCCCUCCCUCUCUCUCUGCCUACUUGUGAUCUCUGUCUGCCAAAUAAAUAAAGUCUCUAAAAAAAAAAAAAAUCAACGGUAUCAAGGGAAUAAAAGACAUCAUUCUUA